AGGACCGAACGACCUAUCUACUGCAACAGUUGAACGAAACCGAUGACGAAGACAAUUUGCCAAAGUCAAGCGAACGCAUCGAUUACCUCAUCCGGAUCCCUAAAGGAGACCAUUUCUACAAAUUCUAUGUGUAUGCAGCUGAGGUGGAUAGAAAUCCAGCGAUUUCGCUUCCUUUGGUUUAUACCUAUCUUUUAGAGGCCCCGCAAAGGUUGAUGGCCGCUGAGGCACCCUAUAUUGGAGUUCAAUACGGACCUUUUCCUCAAAAGUUGGAGCAACAGCAGCGUACGAAUGGGAAAUAACCUUGCCUUGACCGCCAACCGACGAACUACGGCUUGUAAUUGGCUGUGUCCUUACGGUCGCUAUUUUCUUUGCUUUUUAGGCGUAAGCAGGCGCCAUUUAGAUGUCCUAAAUGAGAUGAUAUUUUUACUUCUUUCUCUUGCACCAUCACAACUAUUCACCUUAUGCAGAAAUAACACUUCUUUGCUUUAAAUUAGUCGUCAAUUUUCCUCCAAUUUGGUUGACUUCGACCACCUCGUGUUUGGUGGUGAGUACUAUCAUCGAUGUGAUCGACCACCUCAUUGGUGCUUGUGCACCAGGAGUCCUGAUGCCACACAGCUUUGUUUGCUUUUCGCUCCUACCGUGGGUUUUUGGAACUGCAUGCUAUCUGCCCCCAUGCUGGCACCAUAGCUUUUGUCCGUGUACACUGUCAUCAGCUUCAUGUGUGAAUCCUUGCGUUCUCCGAGUUUGCGCAACUGCUUCUCUACCUGAUAAAUUUAUUCACCGUUCCUCACUGCUACCCUCACUCAGCUAGCAAGUUUUAUUCUGAAAUCUUUCCAAGAGCAUGCAUCGCUUAUCCUACGGUGUACGGUAAACAUCAAGUCACUCCCAUCGGUGUUCUCCAAGUACUGUCAGACAAUGCACACGGCUUCUGUAUUUUGAAUAAAUGUAUGUUACUAACGGUGAACAAGUAAUCAGAGAGAUUCACUCUCUUCCCCGAUAUCUUAUCCCCAAAAUCCAAAACAUCUUUCAAUUAAGUGAUUAAAAUGCAUCAUCAAAA